CAAUUAGCUUUUGACAGAAUAAAACGGGCCCUCUUGGAGGCCCCUGCAUUAAGCCUCCCGGACCCCGCUAAGCCCUUUACCCUCUAUGUGGAUAAAAAAGGGGGAAUGGCAAAGAGUGUCUUGACUCAGGAUUUGGGGCCCUGGAAAAGACCUGUGGCGUAUUUUUCAAAGAAACUGGACAGUGUCGCCUCGGGGUGGCCCCCUUGCCUCCACAUGAUUGCGGCUGUGGCCGUCUUGGUGAAAGACUCAGAUAAAUUGACUUUGGGGCAACCACUCACCAUAGUGGCACCCCAUGCCAUCGAGGCCGUCAUCCGCCAACCGCCAGAUAGAUGGCUCUCGAACGCCAGGGUCACUCACUACCAGGCCAUGCUGCUCAACCCUGAACGGAUCCGGUAUGGGACUGCUGCCUCGCUCAACCCGGCCACCCUGCUUCCUGAGCCGGGGUCUGAAUCACAAGUUGACCACGACUGCCACCAAGUGUUAGCCGAAGUGCAUGGGACCCGAGAAGACCUGACCGAUCUACCCAUGUCAGACGCAGUCACCUGGUAUACGGACGGGAGCAGCUUCUUGCACCAAGUAUUUGUAGACACUUUCUCCGGCUGGACAGAGGCUUUUCCGGUAAAGAAGGAAACAGCGCAGGUGGUGGUCAAGAAAAUCUUGGAAGAAAUCUUUCCGCGGUUUGGCUUGCCUAAGGUACUGGGAUCCGAUAAUGGGCCGGCCUUUGUCUCCCGGGUAAGUCAGUUGGUGGCUAAAGUACUGGGGAUUGAUUGGAAAUUGCAUUGUGCGUAUAGACCCCAGAGCUCAGGACAGGUAGAGCACAUGAAUAAAACAAUUAAGGAGACCUUAACUAAAUUAAUGAUGGAGACUGGCGCUAGAGACUGGGUUGAGCUAUUACCUAUGGCCCUGUUCCGGGCUCGCAACACCCCAUCCGCGUUCGGGUUAACUCCGUAUAAAAUAUUGUAUGGGGGCCCUCCCCCAAUAGCUGACUUGUUGGGGCCUAGUAUUGACUCUUAUGCCACUUCCCCCUGCCUGCAGACCCGGCUGAGAGCUCUGCAGCUGAUUCAAAAAUACGUGUGGAAACCUCUAGCGGCAGUGUAUCAAUCCAAGUGCCCUGCAGUGCCACACCCGUUCCAGAUCGGAGAUUCAGUGUACGUCCGUAGACAUCAGUCCAGGACCCUCGAGCCGCGUUGGAAGGGACCUUACACGGUGCUACUGACGACUCCCACUGCAGUGAAGGUCGACGGGAUCGCCGCUUGGAUUCACGCUUCCCACGUCAAGAAGGCACUGCCGGAAGGAGAAGGCCCCGCGGACGACUCAGCCAGAUGGACGCUCCAGCGCACUCAAAACCCCCUCAAGAUAAGACUUUCAAAGACUGCCUAAUGUUUGUAAUCAUUAGCCUGUUGCUUGUACUACUUAUGACUCAUCCUAGUCUCACCCUAUCCAGCUUGUCCCUCUCAAACGCUCAUGCCCCACGAAAGCUCACCUGGGAAGUGAUCUCCCCUUCGGGUAGCGUGGCCUGGUCCACCAGCGACAUUCGCAUCCCAGGGACAUGGUGGCCAUCUCUCCACCCAGACGUAUGCCAGAUGGUCCUGGGGCUAGAUACCUGGGAUUUACCCGAUCAAGACAGCCUCACUCUGAAACCACCGGGUCCAGGUGGAAAGCCUGGUCCUUUAGGGUGCAGACACCGAUACCGAAGGUGCCGACUACGUCAGCUUGAAUUUUAUGUGUGCCCCAGGGAUGGUAGAAGGCGGGAUCAGAUUUACCGGUGUGGGGGGCCAGAGUCUACAGGUCGCCCUGGCUGACAACCUUGCUCUCCACCAUAGCAGGCCCCCUCAUUAUCCUGCUCCUAAUCCUGACCUUCGGGCCAUGCAUUAUAAACCGACUACUCCAGUUUGUUAAGGAUAGGCUGUCCACCGUACAGGCAUUAGUCCUCACACAACAGUAUCAAGCCCUGGCCACCAGUGACCAUAUUGAAACCCCUCAUUAACGGGCACACAAUUUUAAGAUUAAAAUUAGUUCAAAGAAAAAAAUGGGGGAAUGAAAGGAGCCAAGAGCCACCAUAAAAAAAAAAAAAUGGGGCUCUUGAGACAAACUGUUCCAGAGACGGCCUUGGAAAAUGGGGAGUAAACCGGUUCACAGAGAAAGCAGUCAGCUACUGACCGGAGAUACGCAGAACACCUGCCUUGUAGAUAAGCCCCCCUUCCUUCCUCUUGCUCAAGGUUAACUAAGAAAGUUACAAGGCAUGUAGCAACCUACUCCUGUCUCCUAGAAACCCCCUCCCCUAAUGUAUCCCUUUGACCUAGUACUUUUCCACGGACAUUAGCACUUCAGACUGCCAUACAAGGCCCGCUACUGAAAAUUAUCCAAUGAACUUACGCCAGCCUAUAAUAUGUUAAUUUUGUGGUUUUGCCCUUUAAAAGCUGUGUGAGAUAGCUGCUCGGGGCUCCUCUCGCUUGCUUGCUGCUUGCAGCAGUAGAGGGCCCAUUUGUACAAAUGAAAUAAAGUUACCUCCUGUUCUAUUGCA